AUGUACAGAGGGGUUCGAAUGAGGGCGUGGGGCAAGUGGGUGCUAAAAAUCCAGGAGCCCAGGAAAAAGAACUGGAGCUGGCUCGGCACCUUCGCCACGCCGGAGAUGGACGACUUUCACCUCGCGAUCACUCUUAUUUUCCUCUUCGUCGUCGUCAUUGGCAAUGUCCUCUUCCUCCUUUGGCGACCGUCCAUUUCGAAAGAACUGGGCGAGAUGGUGGAGAUGCCGCCUCUGGAGAGCAGCUUCGAGAUAGGUGGAGAGAUAGUAGUAACAGGAGAUGAGAGAGCUCUUUGGCCAGAAAUGCAGCCACCGUCGAUGAAGGAGGGAGAUGCUUAG